AUGACCCUUCCCACCGCGAUCCUCGUCCACAUCUGCAACCUCCUUCACGAUUCGCACAUUGCCAGCCUUGAAGCGUUCUCGUUGGGAAAUAAACACUGCUACAAAAUUGCUGCAACCGUUCUUGCCCACACCAUCACGUUUAGAAUCCGUACGGCUGCCCAACUCUCUGAAGAUGUCGACAAAUGCAAGAAGCUGCUUGGGCGCUACCCGCCUGGUUUAUUUCAACAUGUUCGGCGUCUCGUCAUUGUCGGCCGUAUGCACCGUCCAAAUCUUGAGGGCUGUGACCCCCUCCCCACCUGGGAGGAUACUAUAGUUGAUCUCAAUAUCUCGGAAAGCGAAGAUAACAUGGACGAUGAUGAUAAGCCCGUUGCGAGGAAGACGAAAGCAAACAAGCCAACCUUUCACUUUUCAUUGCCGACAACAACUGAUUGGAAUAUCAUGCACGCUCAACUUCACGGUUUUCAAUUCGAGUCAGAGCACGGCCGAAGUACGAUACCCUUGAGGCCGCGGCCAGAUGGUCUUGUUCAUCUUCAUGUUGGCGAUGACGACAAUCCCGACGAUGCGUGCGCCUUGUCCGCCGAAGAGAGUAAUGAGCGCUGGCUGCCCCUCGCGGACCUCAUCUCUCGGCUUCCCGGGUUGGUUGACGUGGUAUAUCGCUGCCCAUCGCAGUUUCCGCCUUGCCUCCUCAAGACGAUGCACGCCCGUGAGAAACCACUACCACGAUUACCCCUUCAAUUAUUCAAGGUACGAAGUGCCUAUGACAACUCAGUGACCAUUGACCCACACGAGCAGAAAAUCAUGACUUCCCCCUGUCUUUACAGCAUCCAGUACAAGGAAAACACGGCCUGGAAUAGGGAGCAGCGUCUGUCCCCGCAGCUCGACGCCGUUGUGUGGAUGCUUCGGCAAGCACCCAUGUCACCUCACCUCAAAGAAGUCAACGUAGUUGGCCGAACAUGGAGAGGGGCCCCCGAAAACAGUCGCCGGCAUCCUAUCAGUCCUGAGAAGCGCCUCACCUUCUUCCGCCGGGGACAGCAGGAACUGGGCGCCUUGGAUGUGGCCUCCGGCAAGGGUCGUCUGACACAUCUCAGAUUUGACUCAGGAGUAGGCGAACCCCGCUACAAAUCCAGAUUUGGGCCUGGCGGUGGUAACUGGAUUGAAAAGUGGGAUACUGUAACUGAUUUCUCGUUGCUGCGUACUCUAGCUCUGGUACAACCCGUGUCCCAAGCCCAAGUAAUCGCACUUCAAUGGACAAGCCUUCCGGAACUCACAGCCCUUUCGCUGACCUGCGAAAUGCCGGCAUCUAUGGAGAGAGACGCAGGUUGCGCACGGUCUGACCACUUCCAGACCAUCACCACUUUCCUCGCCAGCCUGACUUCCCUGAGAACACUACAGGUUAUUGCCUGGGACCAUGCCCAACACUUGUUUUCAUUCGGCAGCCCGAAACUGGAGAAAUUAGCCCUAGUUCCAAUUGAUCGCCGGGAUUGCUUCUUCGCCUGCCUUGUGCAGAAUUUCUUGACUCUCGAAGGAUUGGCAACGCUCGCCUCGUCUUUCCCGCGCCUUACCGAUCUGUCCAUUCCGGUCAAGAGAUCCAGGGGCGGCAGCGCCGAGGUUGCGUUAUACCGGUAUAUUGGCGAGCAUAUGCGUUACCUCCGCCGCCUGACUUUAAGCUUGGACUGCAGCCCUCCUGGUUUCAUCGUCACCGACCAGAGCGACCACGACACGCCUUUGCCUGAGCCUUACCCAUCUGGUCCACGCUGGCCAGCGGUGGGCGCCGCCUUGAACAGCGACAAGGACCAGUACGUCCAAGCGGUAAAAAACUACCGUAACGGGCAUAUCUACGACAUUUUUAUCAACGCCGCCCUGGACGCGUCUCUCGCCAGGAAAAUCUUUGAUGCUGUGGUGGGAACAUAG